CCGCGCAAUAUCAUUAGAUCGGCCACACCACAGGAACUAGGGACAUAUUGACUCCCGGCGCCCCCUACAGCCGUCGAGUUAUGGUGUACACUCCGGACGCAAAUGGAUAUCAGGAAGACCCUUUUGGGGCAGGGAGCUAAAGGCGAGCAAGUAGUGGGGGUGGAGCGACGGAUCACGACAACAACAAUACUCCUCGGAAUGAGAGGAGAGAUCACAUGGCUGAAGAAAUACCUGGACAAGGCAGACGUGGACGAAGCGACUUUAGAUCUGCGGACUGGAGGCACGUAUGUCAUCGCUAGCCCGUGGGCAAAGCGAGUAUACGUGGGAUGUACGGGGAGACCAAUAUUGCAAAGAUGGAGGGAGCACGUGCACGCGGCAGCAUCGGACUCUCGGGGAAAAGCUCCCCAACUGUACCGAUGGAUGAGAACAUUUGGUACUGAUAAGUUUGUAAUCAUACCGGUGAGGCACACAACCAAGAUUGACGAUUUUGAGUUCGAGCGUUACCUGAUCCGAGAUUUGUCACCCAGCUUGAACGCCAAGGGAACGAAGGGAAGAGGGGCGAAGUCAAGAAGGCGAAAGGGCAGGAGGGAGAGGAAGAAGAAGAAAGGUGGGACGGUAGGAAAGGCUGUGGUAGCUUUCACUACCGCAGAGGGAAAACGUACAUCACUACUGAACUGGUUGCAUGAAAGAAGCGAGAAACCGAGAGGGAAAGCGGAGGUAACCUUCACCACGGGUGAGCAAUGGGCGGACGGGUGGAAGCAAAUCAGCAAGUUCUACGAGAUGUCGGAGGUCGAGGCCAAUGGGAGGAAGCUUUUGCUGAAACAAGCGAGACAGAUCUGCCAGAACGGGGGUAAGGUGGUAUUUGUGCGGCUAUGCAAAACGACUACCACUACCGAACGGUACAAGCGAGAGUUGGGUAGAUUGUUGAGACAGCCGAAGCUUGUAGUUGGUCUAGCUCGACAACCGACGAGUAAAUUGGUAGGAUUAUACAGGACUGUCGGUCUCUUCGGGAGGAAGGAGACAAGAGAGAAGUUGAAGAUAAAAAUUGAUCGGGUUUUGAGGAAGAAAACGGGAGUUAGUGUGAGAAGGAGGGUCACCGUCAAGUAUCCGUAUAGUUCCGCUAUCCUGAAGUCGGAGGUAAGGCGGUUGGUGGAAUCAGAGAUCGACGGAAAGCUAGACGACAAUGCUCUGGCAGCCUUCGUGAAAAAGAAGGUGAGGGUGGUGAGUACGAAAAACAAGACGGUGGGGGAAGUUAUCCACAACCACCGCCGGUAUGCUCAUACUAGACCGGUGAGUUGUCCCUGUGAGCACUACCACCUAGACAAGCAAGACGGGCACGUACUCGUGAGAGUGUCGGAGAUGAAGGACGUGCCGAUGUUCGUGAGGAACGCGAAGAACGUGACGAGACCAGAUGAGCAGAACAGUAGGAGGGACAUCAUUCAAGGCAUCAGCAUGACAACUGCCCACCUGAAGGGAAAGAAGUGGGAGGUUGCGAACGUUGACUCCUGCGUCAAGGCCGGGAUCGGGGCCGUAUACAUGUGGGGGGAGGCAAAGGAGUUAUGGGAACGGAUAUCGGAUGCCCCGUUUCCAGAAGACAGGGAACCGCUGCUGAUAGGCUCCAGCCUCCCAAAAACGUGGCAGAAGCAGCAAACGCUAGCCUUUCAGCUGAUUCACCCAUACGAGCUGUGGACCAUAUGGAAGAGAAGAUGUCAGCAGACGAUAGCGAAAUGACCAAUGCAUAGAAGAGAAGCACGGGAAACCUUCUACAACCUUCUCGAGACAGACAUCACAGCACAAUGGCACCGAGUCCGCAAGCAAGCCCAACGCAACCCGAAACAUGCUCGGGAGCUGGUUCAGAAGUUUCAGCAAACGGUGCUAAUGGGAGGAAGGAAGGAUAGCAACAGUGAAGGGGCCAAAUUGGUAUUUCAAUGGUCCACACAAGACCAGCAACAGGGAGAGCGUAGGGAAGAGUGAAGAAGGGGAAAACAAAUGCAAGGGAUUAGU